AGUUUGAACUACGUGAACUGAAUACCAUCUCUAAUUGCGUAUUUCCUUUUGCGCAUUUAUAUUUCCAGGGCUACAUAGCCAGCGAUUUUAUUAACCAGGUUGGCAAGCCAAAUAGAUGACUAACAACAAAAGCAACAAACAAUGAAAAGCAAAUAGCAAACAAAUCAAAAUAAAAGUUAAACAAAACAUGCCAGAAAAUGCUUUACCAGAGGCAACGCGAGCUGCAUUGAGCGGAAGCACAUUUGGUCAGCGUCGCGAGGAUAUCUUUAGACGACUUCAACAAAGUGCUCAACAGAUUUCAAAGAAUUACGCGGGCAUUGGCAAGGAAUUCGCAACGGAGCGAGAUGAGACUGUUCAGGAUUUUUGUGAGGCUCUGGAGGAUAUGCUGGGCUACGGCCUACGCCAGACGAUAAAUGUAGCAAUGACGGCAGCUAGCAUUUUUCAAAAUAUGCAAGAAAUCGUAACGGGUGGUAUGGGGGUAGUCGUUGGGGGCGGCACUGGAGAGACAACAUUCUGGGAUUUUUGCCAACAACAUUUGACGCCCCAUGAAAAACAGCGUUACAUGGAACUGAAACAGAUCUGGACCAAAACGGGAAGAGGACGAGCUUUUCUUCGGUCUACGUUGAAUGAAAGACGCCUACAAAGUCAUGUUCUUACCUGGUUAAGUGAUGAGGAGCAAUUAAAUCGAUAUUAUACGCCAUGGUCCCUAUUACUUAACGAGGAGGCAGCGAAAAAAUUGCCAGAAAUUUUGGAUAGCCUUCAGAAUGUUGUGUUUGCCUUACAGGUGGAUACAACAGAACUAAAUGCACCCCGACGGACGACUGAAGCACCUGUGAUCCGUGAAGAACCUAUAAUUUUUGCUCCUCAGCCUGUCCCAGUGGCUGUAAAACGACGUCAAGAGCGUCCUGUUGAACGUCCCAUCGAAGGAGCAAGUUCUACAGAGGAUCUGCUUGGCGCAUUAAGUCCCAAAGAGGCUCUUGAGGUUCAACAAAUUAUAUCUAACCAAGCUGUGGACCAGAAGCUAACGCUUCCUAACACAAAUAAAGCGUAUUCUCCACCCUGUGAUCCAAUAGAACCUGAACUAGAAUUCCUAAAGACACCUCUGCCUGAUGUUUAUGCCGAAACAGAUGCUUACGAAGAUCGUAGCGAUACCUCGUCACAAUGGAGCAAGUCUUCCUCAUCGGCCAAUGUAAUUACCAGCCAGCAAACAGCCUUAGAAGAUCAAUUGCAUCAACUAACCGAACGCUGUGCCCUACUCGAAACUCGUGUGGCCGAAUUGAAUCUUCAGAAUCGACAGCUAAUCCGACGCCUAACCAAACAAUUUGAAGAAUCUGGAAUCGAUCCAAACUCUUCGUUUUGUUCAAACUUUCUCAUAACCAUUCCACAGGUGAAGCUGACCAAAACCCACUACACCUACGAAAUUCACAUAACAAUGCGACAACGUCUCGAACAUUGGACUCUGUUUAGACGAUAUAGCGAGUUCAAUAAGCUACACAAAUCCCUUCUGCGGACUCAUCCCAGUGUCCAUGCCGUAGAGUUUCCGCCAAAGAAACAUUUUGGCAAUAUGAAAUUGGUAUUCGUCGAGGAACGGCGUCAGCAAUUGCAAAUCUAUUUGCUCAAUCUUGUCGAGACAUUGCCGCAGGUGGAGAGCUGCAAAUCUAAAGCGGAAUUGCAAAAAUGUUUUCCCUUCUUCCGGGAGAGUUAGCCAAAAAUUCAAAUUGAAAUUAAAAUAAGGCAAUUUACGUUAUGCUCGAAAUGGAGAAGUAUUCAAUUUGGUUAUUAUGUUAUUGAGAGAGAUUUCAAUUUGUUUUAUUUACAUGUGUAAUAUUAUUGGAACCUGUCCAAGAAUGAUAUUAAAUAAAGUUUAAGUAUUUUUUGACGAAUAACAAUAAAAA